GACCGACACAAGUCGACCCGACUCGCGCAGUCCUUUUUAACCAAUGCAAUGGGCGAGAGAGAGAGAGAGAGAGAGAGAGAGAGAUGGAAGAGGCGAAGGGGUUGGUGAAGCAUGUACUGUUGGCGAAGUUUAAGGACGGCACCCCACCCGACAAGAUAGAGGAACUCAUCAGAGGCUAUGCAAACCUCGUCUCUCUCAUCGAUCCCAUGAAGUCUUUCCACUGGGGAACAGAUGUGAGUGUGGAGAAUUUGCACGAAGGCUUCACCCAUGUGUUCGAGUCUACUUUUGAAAGUGUGGAAGGCAUUGCCGAAUAUAUCGCACACCCGGCCCAUGUUGAAUUUGCUAAUGUGUUCCUGGCUGCACUGGAUAAAGUCAUUGUCAUUGACUACAAGCCUACUCAGGUCAAGGUAUGAAAGUGUGAUUGGUUUUAUCAGAAUGUAAGAGAUCGGGCUGGUUUCAGGUAUAUGCUACUCGUGCAUUUUAUAUAGAAUUUAUUACCGAGACGUCCUAGUCUAUUAUUAGAUUAUCUUGAAUAAGGCUAUUUGUUUAUCGACUCUGUUGGACCCAUCAUGAAUUUGGAAUGGAAAGCUUGGAAUGAGAUAUGGUCCUAUGGAUCUGACACAUCUAGACAGGCCUUCAUUGCUUGUA